AUGGGAAGAAGAAAGGUGAAACUUGUGUGGGUAGCGAAUAAAACCUCAAGAAUGUUAAGUUUGAAGAAAAGGAGGAUAGGGGUGUUGAAAAAGGCAAAAGAACUUGCCAUUUUGUGUGAUACAACGACUUGUAUGAUCAUGUUCAGCCCUAACGAGGCUGAGCCAACAGUGUUUCCAUCUGUUGACGCCGUUCGUGACAUCCUCGACGACUUCUUCGCCUUACCGCUGGUCGAACAGAAGAGGAAAGAUACGAACAUUGUGUCAUACCUGGCGGAGAAGACAGAUAAGGCUCAUGAGCAGUUGAUGAAGAUCCAUGAGAAGAAUAUGGAGCAGGAGACGGAUCAGCUGAUGGUGCAGCUACAACAUGGUCGUAAAUUUGAUGAUCUCAAUUUGGAUGAGAUCCAUAAAUUGUUAUCCUUCUCAAAGGAGAAGAUCAUGCAUCUUAGGAAGAAGCUGGACUCCAUGGAGCAUCGUCCUCUUCGAGAUCACCCGGUGAAUCCAUUUGAGGCACGACCCGAGGAGUUUAGGACCACCACGAAUGAUGUUUCCGUAGGAGGUGGUCAGGAGGAUGACAGAUCGGAGAGGAUUGAUGAAACUGCUGGGAAAAGGAUCAGCAUUGGUGAUGUAAUCAGGGAGAAUCAACCUCAUUACAUAAUGGAUAAAUGGUUUUUUCCAUCUCCUGAACCGGUAAACCCUCAGAUCCACCAGACAAUUAGGAUGGAGACGGCAUCUUACAUUGCAAAUCCAAACCCUAGAAGCUACCUUCCGUACCAAGGAAGCAGCAGCAGCAGCGGAAACCCUCAUUUUCAAGGGAUGGAGCCGAUUGGUACACCAGCGAUGACCUUCCAUGGUUCGGUUGGACCAGUCUCUCAACCAUUGCAGCACCAUAACAUGAGUCAACCAAGGCAAUACCGUACUGAGGAAGGAAUCAACAUCAAUCACUGGAGGAGCAACACUAUGACGACCAACGAUGGUCUUCAUCAAAUGCCACCACCACCUAAUGUUGAUGCAAUGUCGUUUGCUUUCAAUAGGGAUUGGCCAGGAUUCAACAAUGGAAGUUACCGUCCGUACCAAGGAAGCAGCAGCAAUGGAAACCCUCGUUUUGAACAUAUGGAUCCGAUUGGUACACCAAUGAUGACCUUCCCUGGUUUGGUUGGAUCAGUCUCUCAACCAUUGCAGCAACAUAACGUGAUCAACAAUCCAAUGAUGUCUAUGAGUCAGCCAAGGCAAUACCGUCUUGAGGAAGGAAGCAACAUCAACAACAAUGGUGUUCCGCAGUUUCAUUGGAGGAGUAACGCUAUGACGACCAAUGAUGGUCUCCGUCAAGUGCCACAACCACCUCAUGGAACAACCGCCGCGGAAGGUAACGUUGAUUCGAUGUUGUUUGGUAUCAACAUGGAUUGGCCGGGAUUCAACAAUCCUCAUUUCUAG